AUGGCACUGGUGGAAAGGUUUGCUGAUUUCGAUGAUCCUAUGGAGAAGAUCAAGAAGAUCAAGCAGACUGGGAGUGUGAAGGAAUAUCAGGCUGUCUUUGAAAGAAAUUUGAAUAGGCAUGAGUUGAACAUUGCUGUGAAGCUGACUAAUCCAACACCUCUAUCUCGAGUGUACAGAACUGCAAGGAUGCAUGAAGUUUAUCUGGCUGUAACUAAACAACCUACUUAUACAACAAGUGUUUCAACUAAAAGAUAUGCAGCACAAAGCAACAAUAGUAAGCCUCUAUUGCCAACUCCUAAUUCUGGUAGCUCUAACUAUACUAAGGGAUUUACUAAGAGAGCCUUAAGCAUAGAUGAAAUGAAUGAAAAGAGGGAAAAGGGAUUGUGUUACUUCUGUAAUGAAAAGUAUGUACCAGGCUAUAGAUGUAACAGUUCCAAACAAUUAUAUCUACUGGAAUUGGAAGAAAUAGAGGAAAGGCCUUAUGCAGGGGAAGGACAGGAGUUAGAAAUUCAAGAGGAGGAAAUAGACCUAUUGGAAUCAUCUCAAGGUAUGGAACAAAUGGAAAUUUCCAUCCAUGCCCAAAAUGGUCCACUGGGGUACAGAACCUUAAAGGUUACUGGUUAUCAUGCAAAGAAGGCCUUAAGUAUACUGAUUGAUACUGGUAGUUCACAUAAUUUCAUAGAUCCUGAAUUUGUCAAACAUUUAGGGUGUACAAUCCAGUCUACCAAACCUCAAUUAGUAGCUGCUGCUAAUGGAAACAUAAUGGUAGAUAGAGUAUGUACAAUUACUUGGCUGUUGCAAGGUGCUGAGUUUUCAGCAGAAUUUUUACUGCUACCUUUAGGCUCAUGUGGAGUAGUAGGUGCUGGCAAUCAAGUGAAGGUGCAGGAAGCUGAUAAAAUAGUCAAACAUACAGGGGAUCUAUCUCAACUGUGUAUGAUACAACUGGUUCCUAUGGGGGAGACAGAAGAACAAUGGCAUGCUAUUAAGGCUGAGGAGGAACCUGUAGUAGAUAAUAGUCUCACACAAUUGCUAACUGAAUAUUCUGGAUUAUUUGAAGAGCCUACUGGAUUACCUCCUUCUAGGGGUGUCUUUGAUCACAGGAUUAUAUUAGAUCAAGGUAUCAUUCAACCUAGUUGCAGUUCUUUUGCAUCACCAGUGGUACUAGUAGGUAAAAAGGAUGGAUCAUGGAGGUUGUGUGUUGAUUAUAGAGAUUUGAAUAAGCAUAUGGUGAAGAAUAAGUUUCUUAUUCCUAUUGUGGAAUAUUUGCUAGAUGAACUUGGGGGCUCUAAGGUCUUCUCUAUAGACCUAUGGUCUGGAUAUCAUCAGCUCAGAAUGGCCAAGGAAGAUGUGCCUAAGACUGCCUUCAGAACUCAUUCUGGUCAUUUUGAAUAUUUGGUAAUGCCAUUUGGCCUAUCAAAUGCUCCUGCAACUUUCCAAGGAUUGAUGAAUUCUAUUUUCCAGAAGUUUCUUAGGAAACAUGUACUGGUUUUCUUUGAUGAUAUUCUCAUAUACAGCAGCACUUUAGAGGAUUACUUAACUCAUUUGAAAUCUGUUUUUGUGGACAUGAGUAAACACCAGCUCUUUGCAAAAAAGAGCAAAUGUUUCUUUGGGGUUCAGAAGAUUGAGUAUCUAGGACACUUCAUCUCAGCUGAAGGAGUGUCUACUGAUCCUCAAAAGAUAGCAGUCCAAAACUGGCCUACACCAACAACCCUCAAACAGCUCAGGGGAUUUCUAGGCCUAGCUGGUUAUUACAGAAGAUUUAUUAAGGGUUUUGGGGUGAUUUGCAAACCCCUGACUGACUUAACUAAGAAAGAUGGGUUCAAGUGGUCAACUUCAGCAGAUGCAGCUUUUGCAGCUUUGAAAGAAGCACUCACUCAAGCUCCUGUUCUAGCAUUGCCAGAUGCUACCAAGACCUUCAUUGUAGAAACUUAUGCCAGUGGUCAUGGUAUUGGGGUAGCACUUAUGCAGGAAGGACAUCCCAUAGCUUUUAUUAGCAAAGCUCUAUCACCCAAGCAUGCAGCUUUAUCUGUAUAUGAUAGAGAACUAUUGGAAAUGGUACAUGCAGUGAGUAAAUGGUCACAAUAUCUGUUGGGGCAGAAGUUCAUCAUCAGAACUGAUCAAAAGGCCUUGAAGUAUCUUAUGGAGUAG